CUAUAAAACACAAUAAACAAGCUCCGUUUUUUUCUGCUUUGUGUUGAUCCAUCUCCUGUAUCAUGGUCCAGGGUAAAAGUAAAUCUAAGUCCAAGUCAGGUCGUAGAAUGGUCCAGAAGACAGAAACAGAUGGAGCAGGAUUUCUGGGGGUACCUAGCAAGGCGCACUCGGAAGUGAGUAAUGUUGCCAGCAAUUCUAUCGACGAAAGUCUCUUGGUCGAAUUUUUAGAAGAGGAUGGGGUUGAUGUCUCCACUGCUAAAUUUCUUCACGGACUUAGCAGGAACGGGCUGCGCCCUCUAAGUGAUCCUCGCUUCAAAGAUACUAUAGAUAAGAUUAAAGCAUUAGGACACGAUCCUGAAAGUAUCCCAGAAGUUUUAAGCAUGGAGGAUUUCAAGGCAUGUCUGUCAUCAAACAUGGUGUUUAUAACACAAGCUCUUUGUGGAAAUUUGGUCAUCCCUCAAUGGUGUGAGUUCACCUCAGUUAUCAAGGAAAUGUUUGAUGAGUGCAAAUCCUUAAAACAUGGAAAGGUCGCCGAUCUAACACCACAAAUGGCGAAAGUUGAUCCAGAAAAGUACGCCAUAUCCAUUUGUACGGUUGACGGACAACGAUUGUCAUUGGGUGAUUCCAAAACAACAUUUCCGAUCCAGGACCUUAACCGUGUUUUGUUGUACGCUCUGACUUGCACCGAGAAAUCUGUAGACUACGUCCACCAAUACAUCGGAAAAGAACCCAGUGGUUCGGAAGGAGAGGCCCUGAACCUAAAAAACAAGAAACCUCACAAUCCUCUGCUUCUAACUGGAGGACUAACCAUGGCUUCCCUCAUGAAACCAAGCCUUUGCUUCUCAGAGAGAUUUGAAUACUUCCUCAAGAAAUGUGUGCAGUUCUGUGGGAAGGAGUAUGUCGGGUUUAACAACUCUCUAGCCCUCUCCUUGAAAGACCAUUCUAAUCGACUGUACGCCAUCGGUCAUUACUUACGGGAGAAUGGAUGUUUCAACAACGAGGCUAACGCGGACUCGCUAGAACAAACAAUGGAACUGUUCAUCCACUACAGUGCAAUUGAUAUGUCAAUUGACGCCGCUUCUGUGAUGGCUGCUACAUUGGCAUCUGGUGGACUCUGUCCACUGACUGGAGAGAAAGUGGUGUAUCCUGAAGCUGUGAGGAACUGUCUCAGUAUGAUGAACUGUUGUGGGGUUAACGAUUACAGUGGAGAGUUCAUGUUUGAGGUCGGACUGCCAGCCAAGUCGAACGUGUCAGGAGCGCUGAUGGUGGUGAUCCCCAACGUCCUGGGAAUGUGUAUCUACUCGCCCAGACUUGAUAGGAGCAGAAACUCUGUUAGAGGGGUUCAGUUCUGCAAGUUGUUCACGGAUAGGUUCGUAUUCCACCAGUUCGAUCCUUCUGAUAGAUCCAGAACCAAAAUCGACCCCAGGAGAAGAGACUUUCAUGAAACCAAGGACCAACAGAGUCUGAUUCUGCUCUUUGCUGCAUACCAAGGAACGAUGACGACACUAUAUCGGUAUCUCAAAGAAGGUGUAAACUUCGCUUAUCCCGACUAUGACGGCCGUACUGCCAUUCAUCUCGCUGUUUGUGGUGGUCAGCUUGACGUGGUGAAAUUCCUGAUAGAUAAAUGCCAUGUUGACGUCAACCCAAUUGAUCGAUGGGAGAACACACCUCUUGACGACGCUUUCAAGUACAAUCAUGAGCAGAUUAUAACUCUUCUCAAACGAAAGGGAGCUCAGACAGGGGCCGCCAUCAUGGGAAACUGAAGGAAUGUUAAUCUUUAUAUUACAGUUUUAAAAAUUUAUUCUAUAAAUAUUAUAAGUUUUUAUGAUUAGUAUCUCUACCAGCGAGACUGACUGCUAUAACUAUUAAGUGAUAUAUAUAUGUAUGUAUAUAUUUUGUUAUUUCAUAUUAUUUUUAGCAUGUUUUUAAUCCUUUUAAUUCAUACUUUGAUACGUUUUGAUACAAUCGCACCAAAGCUUACUUUGCCAUUUUUAUGCAUGUAUGAGCUAUAUAUUUACUGCUUUUUUUUUCCAAAACUCUUUAAGGUUGUAAUCAACUUUUGCUUUGUAAUAUAUCUAAAUUAUAAAUUGAACCAGAAUUGAAUUGAGUGACCUCAACGCGAACGUCUGUUCAUAUGUAAUCUGUUUAGUAAUACUAAUAGUACAAUUAUCUUGUUUUUAAGCUCAGCAAGUAUUAUUAGUUUUCAAUGGUAUGUUGUAAUUGUAUUACCUUGAUUAUUUCCUUUUUAUCUAGCGAGUUAAUAAUGUUGUAAACAAAA